CAACCCAAAAUUGAUUGCACCAUCUAAAGCUGAAGUUCUAAAACAAACAACUACUUGUGAAUGAAUCGCAAAACGAAGCAUAGUGGACUUUGAGGUUGUAUGAGUUGCUCCAAGCCUUGAACAAAUAAAUUAAAAAAAGUUCUGCUUGGGUAAUUUGUACAAAUUACAUUGGCAAUAUUGGAAUAUUGUAUUGUAUUGGAUACUGUUGUUACUGUUUUGUGAGGUUAGGUUUUAAGGUUAUAUUUACGAUUUGUAGUCAAACUAAAAAAUGGAAGAUGACGGUCAACAGCAAGAAGAAGGUGAACAGAAAAAGUUUGCUGCUGACCGAGCAAAACUUGGACGGGCUGGCUGCAAGAAAUGUAAACAGAAAAUAGAAACAGGAGAACUUCGUGUAGCUAAGAUUGCACCAAACCCAUUUGGAAGUGGUGGCGGAAGUAUGAAAAUGUGGCAUCAUGUAAAGUGUAUUUUUGAAGUGUUCAGCAGACAGAGGGCGACAACAGCUCGUAUAGAGUCUGGUGACGAUGUAGAGGGUUGGGACGCUCUCUCUCCUGAAGAUCAAGAUGAGAUAAUGUCACAUGUGUCCAAUUUGACUGGAACAGAGAAAAAGGGUAAAACGACAACACCAAAGGCAAAACAGACGAAGCAAAAAACACCAACUAAGCCUGCUGUAACAAGUGCAGUGGCUAAAGCUCCAACAGUAGCAACCAAUAUCAGCAAUGCCGCCAUCCCUUCAGACAAAAUGCACAAGGAUAACUCCUUCAGAGAGUUUCGCAGACUGUGUGCUGACAUAGCUAAUGCAAGCAGUUACCUAACCAAGACUUCAAUUGUCAGAGAUUUCUUUAACAAGGGCACUGAAGGCGAUGGUUUUCGAGGUGAUGUCUUGCUCUGGUGCCGUUUGCUCCUACCUGGGGCUGUCAAGAGGGUGUACAAUCUACAGUCCAAACAAAUCAUCAAACUGCUUAGUCGGUUGUUUGGCACGAGCCAAGAGGAAAUGCUGGAAGACUUGGAACAAGGCGAUGUGGCUGAAACUGUCAGAGUCUUCUUUGAGCAGAGUAAUUCUUGCUUUCAAUCAGACCUCUCCACACCUUUCACCCCCCUUGAAACAUUUCGAGGUCUUCCUCCUGAUUUCCCUUUUUUGGUGAAGCCAGCCAAGAAGAGUCUACUGACACUAUCGGAGGUGGACCAGUUUCUAGAGAAACUCUCUCAAUUGACCAAAGAAGAAGAUCAGUUGUAUCACUUCUCCCAGAUAGCAGAAAAGUGCACAUCUAAUGAUUUGAAAAUGAUCAUUCGAUUAGUGAAACAUGAUCUGAGAAUUAAUGCAGGCCCGAAACAUAUACUGGAAGGUAUCCACCCUGAGGCAUACCAAGCAUUCCAGACGACUAGAGACAUCCGCAGUGUUGUGACCAGAGUCGUACCCACCAUGAUGACUGGAACAGAGAAAAAGGGUAAAACUACAACACCAAAAGCAAAACAGACGAAGCAAAAAACACCAACUAAGCCUGCUGUAACAAGUGCAGUGGCUAAAGCUCCAACAGUAGCAACCAAUAUCAGCAAUGCCGCCAUCCCUUCAGACAAAAUGCACAAGGAUAACUCCUUCAGAGAGUUUCGCAGACUGUGUGCUGACAUAGCUAAUGCAAGCAGUUACCUAACCAAGACUUCAAUUGUCAGAGAUUUCUUUAACAAGGGCACUGAAGGCGAUGGUUUUCGAGGUGAUGUCUUGCUCUGGUGCCGUUUGCUCCUACCUGGGGCUGUCAAGAGAGUGUACAAUCUACAGUCCAAACAAAUCAUCAAACUGCUCAGUCGGUUGUUUGGCACGAGCCAAGAGGAAAUGCUGGAAGACUUGGAACAAGGCGAUGUGGCUGAAACUGUCAGAGUCUUCUUUGAGCAGAGUAAUUCUGUGAAGCCAGCCAAGAAGAGUCUACUGACACUAUCGGAGGUGGACCAGUUUCUAGAGAAACUCUCUCAAUUGACCAAAGAAGAAGAUCAGUUGUAUCACUUCUCCCAGAUAGCAGAAAAGUGCACAUCUAAUGAUUUGAAAAUGAUCAUUCGAUUAGUGAAACAUGAUCUGAGAAUUAAUGCAGGCCCGAAACAUAUACUGGAAGGUAUCCACCCUGAGGCAUACCAAGCAUUCCAGACGACUAGAGACAUCCGCAGUGUUGUGACCAGAGUCGUACACCAUGAGUCAGUCCGGAGCUCAGACCACUCUCGCUAUCGGAGUCAAGACGCUCACCCCCCUGUCCUGCCCAUGCUGGCAGAAGCAUGCAAGUCGGUGGAGCAGGCCAUGAGAAAGUGUCCCAACGGGAUGUAUGCUGAAAUCAAGUAUGAUGGGGAGAGAGUGCAAGUUCACAAACAAGGCAAUGAGUUCAAGUUUUUCUCCAGGAGCCUCAAGCCAGUUCUGCCCCACAAAGUUAGUCAUUUUAAAGACUACAUUCCUCAAGCAUUCCCAUACGGCCAGGAUCUGAUAUUGGACAGUGAGAUUCUCAUGAUAGAUGUCAACACUGGCCAGCCUCUGCCGUUUGGCUCCCUGGGAGUUCACAAGAAAACUCAAUUUAAAGAUGCCAAUGUUUGCUUAUUCGUCUUUGAUUGCAUCUACUACAACGGAGAAUCUCUUGUUAAGAAACCAAUGAAGGAGAGAAGAAGAAUUUUGGAAGAAAAUAUGAAAGAGAUAAAAAAUCAUGUUGUAUUCUCAGAGCAACAAGAAAUUCAUAAUCCCAAAGAGCUUGAAGCAAAAAUGACAGAAGUGUUUAGACUGGGCUUGGAAGGACUUGUGUUGAAAGAUUUGAUGGGUGUAUACUCUCCCGGCAAGAGACACUGGCUUAAGGUGAAGAAGGAUUACCUGAUGGAUGGAGCCAUGGCAGACACGGCAGACCUACUGGUGUUAGGAGCCUGGUAUGGCACUGGGCAAAAGGGUGGUAUGAUGUCUGUGUUUCUGAUGGGAUGUUAUGACCCUCACACCAAGAAGUUCUGUACUGUCACAAAGGUACACACAGGCCAUGACGACAAGACCUUGGAGAGGCUUCAGAAAGAGCUGGACAUGGUUAAAAUCAGCAAAGAUGCAUCUAAAGUACCAUCCUGGCUGAACUGUACAAAAACCAUGAUACCUGACUUUGUUGCCAGGGAUCCCAAGGCCCAGCCUGUGUGGGAGAUCACUGGUGCAGAGUUUACAAAGCAUGAGGUACACACAGCUUCUGGGAUAUCUGUCAGGUUCCCACGGGUAACCAGGAUACGUAGUGACAAGGACUGGGAGACUGCGACUUCAUUGCCUGAGUUGCAGAAUUUGUACAAACUAUCCAAGGACACAUCUGAUUUCACAAUGGCUAGUACUUCGACCACCUCCAGCCCUGUGACGUCUCCACGCAAACGUCCUGCAACACCCCAGCAAUCACCUCGCAAGAAGAGAGCCAACACCAGCUCCCCCACGACAUCUGGUGGAGAUGAGGAUUCAACCGCAACCACUGCAGCCAGGGGCAACAUCAAGCGCACUACGGUUCAAUUAACAGAUGUGAUGGGUAACAAUUUCACUCGGGAUAUUCUGCAGGUUACGAGAGACACUUCCGAUGAUGCUCCUCCACAGAAGAAAGCCAGAGAUCUUAAAAAUCCGUUGCCGGAUGUAUUUGUAGGAGUGAAGCUGUUUCUACCAGAGGAAGGAGUUACAAGUAAAGAUGUGCUGGAACGAUACUUUAUUGCUUAUGGAGGUGAUUUACUGAAAGAUCACAAUGCAGAUGAAGCAACUCAUACAGUCGUGGGGACAAAUCAGGAUGAGCCGUUGGCAGGAACAGCUGUUGAUGUGUCUUGGCUGUGGGACAGCAUCAAACUGCAGAAACUCCAACUUGUUAAACAUUAUACCAAGAAGUCGUGAUAUUCCUUCUUUCAAGUCUACAACUUUAUAUUUUCUACAUGUAAUUCUUUACAUUUUUUUUGCAUGUUUUACG